AAAACUUUGUGAUUUCGAUUCCCAAAAUUCUAUUAUCUCUGCCUAAUAUAAAAUCGCUAGUUGCUGGCUAAAAUUAAGUGAAAGUGUGUUUUAGAUGUCUCGAAGAGGAGGGAGGACUCCUACAUCUGUGUUUGUUAGAAAUGUUCAUCACGAUGUCAGAUCUGAAGAUUUAAGACGUAUAUUUGAGAAGUAUGGAGAUAUUAGUGAUGUAUACAUUCCUUUAGACUAUUACACAAGAGAACCAAGAGGGUUUGCUUAUGUUCAAUUUGAUUACGAAGAUGAUGCUGAGGAUGCAGUUGAUGGCUUAGACGGAACAACUUUGUUUGGUAGACAAAUCUUUUGCAAAAAUGCUCGUGGUGGACGAAAGACUCCGCAUCAAAUGAGAUACAAGGAUGGGCCCUACAGGAGAAGAAGUUAUUCUCGAAGUCGUUCUCGUUCACGAAGCCCUAGAAGGCGUCGAAGGACGCGAUCUCGCUCUCGCUCUAGAAAUAAGUACUCUCGCAGUAGAAGCCCUCCUCGAUACAGUAAAUCACCUAUUCGAACCUCAAAAAGAAGUCAAAGCAGGAGUCGUUCUCGAUCCAAGACGCGGUCCUCCUCUCGUUCUCCAUAAUAAGAGAUUAAGAGUGAUUAUAUAUUUAUUCUGAACUUUUAACAGCUACGAUAUAUUGUAAUAUACGUUUUUUUUACAUAAUGCAGUGUUGGCUUUCUCAA